AUGCCUCAGCAUCCACGCUGCAGUCUUCUGGGAUUGCCUACUGAGCUCCGUAUAGCGAUUYUCGAGUUCGCUCUCGCCGAGGAGCACGUCAAUCUCCGGCAUCGCCAAAACAGCAGCUAUUCACCGCCGAUACGAUGGAACGGGACUGCCCUGCUUGCCAUAAACGCUCAGACGAGACGCGAAGCAAAGCCAAUAUUUUUGGAUAAUGCAACGUUCCACAUCCGCAAUGAUUGCACCGAGCAAGACCUCCAAAGGUGGGCAGACACAAUAGGGUGCGAGAAUGUGUACAAGUUGCGGGCGCUCGUGUUCCAAUGCAUUGGCCGUUGCAGCAUGUAUGGUCUACAGCCAGACACCGACUACUGCCAUCGGUCUGCAACCUUGACAAGAGGCGGAUGUUCUCGAGAUGCAGACGCAUUUCGGCUACAUGGGAUUGACAUGUGCUCCAAUCGUGCGUUUGGCUGUCUGGAGAUGGGAAGGGCCGCUAUGGAAGUACUUGAGAGUGAUAUGAUCUCAUCACACCGUCGUAAUGAGCAGCGUCCGAACGUCAGCGAUCUGCUCAAGCUGUUCCGGAUUAUGACAGAAGAUCAAAGCAGCUCUGCCGCAUGA